AUGUUGAAAAUCGCAGCGUCAUUUCUGCUAGUCAUAUCGACAGUAAACAGUCAGUGUUUCUACAAAGAUGAUUCAUCGAAGAAGCUUGACCCUGAGGCGCGGUCUUCUCUUUACAGAGGACAGUUGGAGUUUACCUUGAACUUAUUCAAUAUUAUCAACAAAGAGGUUCCUGAUGACAAUAUAUUUUUCUCACCAUUCUCCGUGUACCACGCACUAUUGCUGGCUUAUUUCUCAGCCGGCGGACAAACAGAACAAUCGUUGAAGGAGUCCCUUCGAGUUGCUGAUAACUUAGACAAGAUUAAUUUGAUGACUGCAUACAAAGUGGAUAAACGGUCGCGCAGUGUUAACAACAAUAGCGACAGUUACGAGUUCACCAGUGCCAACAAGCUGUUUGUGGACGAGGGGCUGCAGGUGCGCCAGUGUCUGCAGAAUUUGUUCCUCGAGGAACUGGAAACAUUGAACUUCCGUGAAAACCCCGGCGCAGCUCGCGAAUACAUCAACAAUUGGGUAUCUCGUGUAACGAAGAAUAACAUCAAAGACUUGCUCCCAGAGGAUGGCAUCAACUAUAACACCAAGUUGGUGCUUGCUAACGCAGCUUACUUCAAGGGCGUUUGGGCCUCCAAAUUUCUUAAAGAAAGGACAAAGAAAGAAGCAUUCUUCGUAUCUGAAACUCGUCAGACCCUCGUACCGUUUAUGAAGCAAAAAGGGAUCUUCCACUAUAUGGUGAACGACGAUCUCGGUGCACAGAUCCUGGAGCUGCCGUACAAAGGCAAUGACAUCAGCAUGUACAUUCUCCUGCCUCCAUACUCCAUGAAGGAAGGUGUUACCAACAUAAUCGCUAAUUUGACGCCGGAGCGACUCGCAGCGGUGGUCGAAGAGGGUUACAUGGGACGUGAGGUCGUCGUUGAAAUCCCCAAGUUCACCAUGGAGAGGAGCAUGGGACUAAGAAAUAUUUUGGAGGAUCUAGGCGUUGGUGACCUGUUCAAUGCAACGGCAGACUUCAGCACCCUGACAGAGCAACCGGGCAUCCUCUUCGAUGACGCCGUCCACAAAGCCAAGAUUCAAAUUGACGAGGAUGGUACUGUGGCUGCAGCAGCGACAGCGAUCUUCGGCUUCCGAUCAUCCCGACCAGCGGAGCCUAGUCGUUUUAUUGCCAACUUCCCCUUCGUAUAUAUAAUUUACGAACGUCCCACAAAUUCUGUUCUCUUUAUGGGUGUGUACAGAGAUCCCAAAAAGUAA